AUGUUGUUAGGGGGUGGAAUGGGGUGGAAGUUGUAUUUGUUGGUUGGUUAUGUGGUGGGUGUGGUUUAUGGUGUGUUGUUGUUGAUAGUGGGGGGGUGGGUAUUGGGUGGUGUAUAUGGGUGGUGUGGUGUGGGGAUUGUGUUGUGGGUUUGUGGGUAUUUGGGGGGUUGUGGUUGGUAUGUGGGGGGUGUUUGGUUGGAAUUGGUUUAUUUGGGUGUGUUAGUGGUUUUGGUUUUGAUGGGGGGGGGAUUGGUUGGUGUUGAGAGUGUGGGAGGGGGGGGGUGUUUGGUGUAG